CUUACAGAGCCAAAGACGUGUUGAUCUUAAAAAAAAAUACUGUCAGACAACGUCAUAACAUAACAACUUUAAACAAGCCGUGAAAAUAACAAUCAUUAUCCAUAAGUAUAAAUCAAAUAAACAAUGCAAACGAUAAGUGCCCAGCAACCUAUUAAUCUGAAAGUCGUGAGGUUCGAAUUGGAUUUUUCCGCCCUGGUAAAUGAAAAACCGCGUCCUGAGAAGAAAACCAAGAAAAUUAGGAUACCGAAGAUCAAUAACAAAAAGCAAUCUCCGAUACCGCCUCCGCCUUUGAUAAAGAAUACUCCGCAGAAACGAGGGGUCAAAGAUCUAGUAGAAGAUUUGCUUGACGAAUUAUAUUCGAAUCAAAGAGACUGGAGUGGUAACAGUGGAAUCGAUUGUAGUCAUGGUUCUACAUCAGCAUCCUUCACUUCGUGUCAAUCUAAUUGUGGAGAGAAAACAGAAGCCAUUGAGCGAAGCUAUUUGGAAGCAUUAGAUAUUGAUGACCUUUGGGAACAAAAGAUCGAAUGGGAAGAGAGACUGCAAAUGGCAGGAGAGCGCCUGGCGAAAAAAGUUCGGGUACGAGAUAGACUGCGAAGGCAGCAGAACAGACUCUGUGCAGCCUUCACCGUGCUCCUAAGACACAUCACGGGCGAGAGUGGCGCUCGUUUCGGUGUGACCCCCGGCGGGGGCGAGGGCCCGGGCGAGGGCGGGUACGCGGAGUGGCUGCAUGCGAUGCGCCUGGUCGCGCGUCUCCCAGCCGGCGUACCCCAACACUUCCGCAGAAAGCUAUGGCUAACACUGGCGGAGCGUCACUUAACGGCGAGGAAUAUAGACUGGCCGUCAGCGGAGCGCGGCUGUUUCCGCGGCACCGCACAGCCCGAUGACACCGAGCUUGGCGCUCAAAUACUGAAGGAUUUACAUCGCACUGGAUGUUCUCUAUUCUGCGGCGCAGAAGGUCGAGAAAAUCAGGCGAUGCUUCGCAGAGUCUUGUUGGCAUAUGCAAGAUGGAACAAAGAUGUCGGUUACUGUCAAGGUUUCAAUAUGUUAGCUGCAAUCAUAUUAGAAGUUAUGGACAAGUCGGAAUCAGAUUCACUAAAGGUGAUGAUAUACCUAGUGGAGGCGGUAUUGCCCGAGGGCUACUUCGCAGAUGAUCUUCGCGGUUUGUCUGCGGACAUGGCAGCGUUUAGAGACCUCCUCCGAUUACGCCUACCCCGCCUCGCCCAACACAUGGAUCAUCUACAAAGGAUAUCUGAUGGUGGUGGCGUGGAACCUCCUUUGCCCGACGUGUUUACUAUGCAAUGGUUCCUUACAUUGUACGCGACGUGGUUACCGAGGGAGUUCUUGUUGAGGAUAUGGGACCUUGUUCUUUUAGAUGGAAAUGAAGUGCUACUUCUCACUGCGCUAGCUAUAUGGGACAUGUUGCAGGACCGUAUUCUAUCAGCUCGUUCAGCAGACGAGUUCUACAGCUGCAUGGGUGGCGGCGCUGGUGCAGUGUGGGAAGCUGGGGACGCUCUUGUGGCGAGGGUCGUGGCAUUCGGCUCGGCACCUGAGCUGCCCCGACUGCGAAGUCUGCACAGAUACCGUGUAGCACCACCAGCUCCGCCCACUUCGGCCCCCAUAUAUCAUCCACCUUUACAUUCUGCUAUGCAGUCGAUGACAAAACGAGGGCUUCGACUGUUUUAUUCAGAAGAUGAAGGUGAUUCGAGUGAUGAUGGCAACAAAAUGGCAUUAGCUACGUUCGUGCCUCGACGAGAAGACCGUAUAGCAGCUGGGGAUAGACUGUCAUUAGAUAUUGGGGCCUUGAAACGUCAAUACGCGCGUCUGCGAGAAAGGCAGAGACAAGCUCAUGUAAUCUUAGCAGCAGCUUGUGCUCGCCAUGCAGCAGUCGGCGUACCUACCUCACCAACAUCACUUACGGUGAACAAUCUACUCUUGGGCAAGAGUGCUCUCGUGAGUUCCAGAGGACGAAGACUUGGUCCACCUCCUGGAGCGGUACCACCGUCACGACAAACAUCAACUUUAGAUAAAUCAGACCAUCGCUCACGAGGACAUUCGAAUGAAACUAUUAGUUGGAAUGAAGAAAAAAGCCGUAAGACCCUCAGCAGACGCAAUUCUGUUAAAUGGAAAGAUAUUAAAAAGGAUAAAACUAAACAAAAAGAAAGAAAAGCGUCCAUUGAUUUAGAUGAGGCUGGCGAUGGUAUUAUUGUUUCUGAAUUGGAAGCCAAUCAAAUGAUUGCAACCGUGAGAUCUCGUAGUUCAAGCGAAACCUCUUCUUACUCUUCACACAGUGCUUCUAGUACAGACACAAGUCUUUGUGAUGAAAAUGAACGAGGAAGUGAUUCCGAACCUGAAAUACCAGAUGACAAGGAAAAGCAACUUGUUAAUAUUAAGAAUAAGAAUAUUUCCUCCUCCCCAACUCUUAAACAAAUCAAAAGCACCCAUUCUCUGAACAGAAAAGACAAUGCUUUAGUACGUUCACCUGAAAUUCAGGCAAAAGUAAAUUCCGUUGAUAAGCCAAUCAAGGAUAUUUCAGAAUAUUUAGAUUCUGCCGCUGGCGAACCACUGCGUACUUACAUCGAUGGCUUUGAAAGUAAAUUAAAAGAUAGCCUAAAUGUUAGUACGGAGCUUACGGUUUUCAAUCCUACUAGUAUAUCACCCUGCUCACCACGAAUGACAUCUGAAAGAAAUGAAGUAUUGCAAAGACUUAAUAGAUCAAAAUAUGAAGAAAAUUCGACGAGCAGAGAAAUAACAAGGCCUACGAGUUUUCCAAAAUCACCUAAUGUCUUUACUGAACUGAGUCCUAUUGAUCUUUCUCCUUGUAAUUGUGGCAUAGGUCAUAAACCUCCUUAUGAUUACGAUUUUGAAACAAAUUUCAAACGGCCGGCUGUAGAUGAGCCUAUAUCUAGACCCCCAGAUAUUAUAGACAGCUUCACGAUGUAUGCUAACUUUGUGCCUGACAUAGAUUUAUCUGAUAAAAAUAUCUCCGAUAUCGAAAGUCCACCGGGAAGUCCUGGUGCUGAAAGUAUUAUAGUGAGUGAAGACGAACCACCAAUACCUUUAAAAAUUGAUAAAUACUUUGAGCAUAGCCCGGAAUUCUUUGGAGCACGAGUCACAGACCCAAAUAGUGUAGAUAUUCCAAAUCGGCGCUCCACUAAAAGACUUUCCAGGCUGCCAAAAAAACCUGACUCUUUGACUUUACAAAGUAGCCAUAAUGAGAAACUUAUUAAGGAGGAAGCAGAAAGAGCAUCAUCAUUACCACAAAGUCAUAGUUUUGCUAAGAAAAUAUCUGAUUCAGACUUAAAAGAAACAAGUGAUCUGUUUAGUGCGGCAAAACGAGAAACUCCGGAGAUAACCAAAGAACAAAAAGAUAUAUUUUCCCCCAAAGAUUACAUUUUGCAAACUGGGAGGAAAAAUAGUGAACGGGCUCUACAAAUAAUUCAAGAGAACUCAAAAAUUUUGAGCAGGAUAUUAACAAAACAAAAUAUAACUGAAGCGAAGAGCCCUACUAGUAAAUAUCAAGUAACAAAAAGUGAUGAAAAUGUUCUCGAUAAACAACGAAAUAUUUACUCUAAAAUCGCUCCAGAAAAAACUGCUGAGAGUAAGCUUAUUGAUUCACCUUUACUAAAAGAAUCUACCUCGGAUUCAUUAAUAGGCUAUAGAAAAAGAAAUGUCAAUGAUGGAGCAACUGAAACUGAUUUUGUGAGAAUACGACCUAUUUCUAUAGAUGAUCCUUUUUCCUUAGAAGUGCGGGGUUCAUCCACCAGGGAAGAAGAGUUUUCUAUAAAAAACACAAAAAGUCCCAGUAGUGAAUGUUUAGGUAAUAAGACCGAUUUAUAUGGAUGGGAAAAUAAGGGGUUUUUAGCUAAAAGCUUUUUGGAGAAAACUGAUAAUUUUGAUUAUGAUUACAAAAGAAAAGCCAGUGAUCUUUCUAGUUACGGUGACGCAUCAAAUAAAGACCUCAAGCCUGUUACAUCUUCUGAAUGGACUCGGCAUUCAUUUUCAGGUGAGUCCAAGCCAUCAGUUACUUUGCCAUCUACGGAGCCGAAAGAUACCUCAACGUAUGAUAAACGUUACACUUCAGAUGACUACAAUUACCCAUUUUCAAGUAAAUAUAACGACUUCGUGUUGUCUAAAGUAAGUGAUAUUUGUAGCAAAACUGUCAACCAAGGACCCAAAGUUUGCGAAAAUAUAUCUAAGACUGAUACCAGCCAAGUUAGUGACUUUGCUCAUGUUGUGACUUCCUCUAUUAGUUUCACGUAUGAACCUUCAGUAGAAGACGACUCACCUACGGGAGCGAAAAGCAAUUCAAGUGAUACAUUGUGUCAAAUCACGUCGUUAGAUCAAGUGUCUACGCCAAUAUCGCCUAAGAUGUUUCCUCGAGAUACUCCCACUAUUCCGAAAGACUACACAGAAAAAAGUGAUAGAACCAAAGUAGAGUCAGACGAUACUUGCAGUGCUAUCACUUCGCUGAUCGAGACGGACACACUGUCGUCGCUGUCGUACCCCCGCAGUCCGUCGACGGGGUCCUACCAUCCCUUUCCCACGCGCCCCGUGCUCCGCAUGCCUAAAGAGUUAGGAGUGCGAUUGGGUAUGUACCCUAAAGAUGUGAUCAAUUCCCCAUCAAAAUGAGAAUUAACUUAUAGGUUACCAAUAGCAAACGACACUAUUUCUAAGGUUUUUUGAGGCUUAAACAUACAAGAUCAAGUUUAUUAUGCAAUUUUUUUAGGUAUUUUUUCUUCUUUCAUCAGAGUAAGAUAAAACUCCAUCACAGACUUUUAGAAUUGUAUUGUUUUAAUUUAGUUUUAUGAUUUACAUAUUAUGUUACCAAAUUAUAUAUUUUGAAUGUAAAACUUAUCUGCUGCUAGAUAUUAAAUUUAAGUAUUUGUUUUGUUUUAAAGCUUGGAAGCUAAAAUGUUGCUCUAUUAAUAUUACAGUUUAGAAAUAUUAUACGUACAUUUGAAAUACAAAAUGUUUCACUAAAUAUAAAGCGCUUGCGAGAAGUUUACAAAUUAAUAUUGUUAUGUAAUGUGAAACUUUGGUAUUUCAAAUAGUAAUUUGAGCUAGUAACAAAACAAACACGUUGCCUUGAAUCCAAUUUAAAUGUUAUGCGUAAUAAAUAAUAAUCCUUCGCAAUAUUAAAAUAUUUGUACAAUAAUAAGGUAGAUAGAUUACUGUUUGAAGUCAAUAUAAUUUACGGCAAUUACUUAUUUGUACUGCU